AUGGAAAAAGCUGAUAAUUCUGAAUCAGAUGAAAUUAGCAAGGCUGCAGAUUUGGUUAACAUAUGUAAUAUUAAUAUUUUUAAUUCGGGAGAUGAUGAUAAUUUAAUUAUAAAACAAAGUCAGGCAGAAAUAAAUUUAAUGUAUAAUCAAUCAGAUAAAAUAAUUACUCAAGAUGAUGAAACAACAUUUCAAACCGGAAUUAUAUUAUCAUCAGGUAAAUUAGAUAUUAAAAUUUUAGUAUUACAGCGCCGUAAACAUGAAUCUUAUUCUAGUCAAAGAAUGGAGAGAAUUCAAGUGACACAAAGAUUUCAAACGGAAUUAAAUUUUAAUCCUAAUAAGGUUAAUAAUAUUAUAGCUUUGAAUCAAAAUAAUGGUGCGAGAUCUAGAAUUUUAAGAGUAAAGAGAUGGCAAAGUAGAAAUCGUUUAGAAACAUUAGAAAGAAUACUUCAUGCUCCAGCCUUGCCAAGAAUUUGCGUUGCAAACAUUACUCCAGAAGAUCCUGCCAAAAGUGGUGGUUAUGCAUUUGCUCUUCUAGGGUCAAAAAUUUAUCUCGUCCGGUUCUUGGCAAUAUAUCGUCAAUCAUCAAAUUACUAUUCUUAUGUUGAUGAUAAUGUUACUUGUAUUGAUUCACUUUCCUAUAUUUCUGUAUGUGUUUAUGAAGAAAGAGUACCAAAUAUUUUUGGAUGUUUUUCAAUAGCCAGUCCUAAAUAUAUCUUAUACUCGCACAUUUCUAGCAAUUCCAUCAUUUAUUAUCUAGGAAAUUGCGAAACAUGUAAAGAAAAUAUGGGAUUUAUUAUAGUUGGAAAAAGAGAAAUGGAAAUUUAUAAUUUUUUUAAUUCAGUAAAAGACAAAUUACAAUUAAUAUUAAAUAAAUAA